AAAGAUACUUUUUGUUGUAAAACUAACUAAUAAAUACAAUUAAGUAGUUAAUAUAGAUUUACUAGAUAAAAAAGAGCUAUUUUAGCUGUUAAAAGUCAUUAAAAGCCAGAAAUAAAUAAAAGGGAAGGAAGGAUGUUCAAAUAUCUUUUUUAGAAAUGCAUGAAAUUCAUUGGAAUUACUCUAAUAAUAUUCUUCUUGCUGUUAUACAUUAUGAUAUUUUACUCAUAUAUUUAUGAUUUAUGCUAGAUUUACUAUAUAUAUUUUGAGAAAAGCUUAGCUGUAGGCUUGUUAAUGCUUAUUGUUGGCUAUUAUUUGGGAUUUUGUAUCAUCUUUAAUUAUGCUAUGGGAAUAUUUGUUCAUCCAGGUAAAAGUAAUGUUAAAAGGCAUAGGAAUUAUCAACUAAAUGGUUUAGAUGAAAGUGAUGAGGAUGACGAUCCUAACAAUUUUGUAAAUAUUUAAGAUACUAGACCUAAGAUAUGUCGUAAAUGCAAUGAUUUCAAGCCUUUAAGAGCUCACCACUGCAGCAUUUGCAAUGAAUGUAUUUAUAAAAUGGAUCACCACUGCCCGUGGCUAGAUAACUGCGUAGGAUAUGAGAAUCAUAGAUAUUUCCUUUCUUUUAUUUUUUAUUUGAUGGUUUCUACAUUCUAUUUAAGCUGUUUGUUUUUCUAUAUUGAUCAUCACUCUGCUGGAUUUAGAGAAGCAAAGCGUGUACAAACUAAAAUUUUCCCAGUUGUGUAGCUCCUCUGUUACGUUUUAUCAUUUGUAUUAUUAGCAUUUAAUGGAUGGAAUUGGUAUCUUGCUAUGAAAGGAUAUACAGCUGUUGAAUUUUGGGGUAGUCGUUCAGACGGAAAAGAACCUUCUGAUUAUGCCUUUUAAUACCCAACCAUAUCAUAAAAUCUAUAUCAUAUAUUUGGAACCUACAGUUACUUUAAAAUGCUACUUCCCAGUAUACGAGCUUUACCCCAUGAUGGUACUAAAUGGGAAUGUCUGAGUCAAUAGCAAAGACAAACUAAUAUUAAACCAGAUAUUGAAGAAUAGUAUUAAGCUAGAAAUAGGUAAACUUAAAAAUAUUAAGACGAAGUUGAGGACGAAGAAGAAGAGUAAAAAUUUAACUCGUUUGAGAGAAACAACAUUAAAGAUAGAAAAAUUUAGUAUUAAGGAAACAGUGAUGAUGAUAUGGAAGAUGGAUUAUGA